CGCGCCCCCGCCCCGCCGCGCCGCCCCGCGCCCAGCCCGAUGCCCGGCGGCGGGCGGAGGUGAAGCGGAGAGCGGGCGCUGGAUCCUCCCGGCCGCGGCCCCCGGGGCCCCGGGCACGGAACAAAGGGCCAUGGCCGAGGGGGCCCCCGCUCAGGCUCCGGAGCCGGUGCGGCCACGCUGCCCCUCGCCCCUGCGGCCGCCGGCCGGCCCCGAGCGCACCUCGGAGCGGGAGACGCAGACGGCUGAGCUGUCCCUGACCGUGGUGGCGGCCGUGCAGGCCGUGGAGAGGAAGGUGGACUCCCACUCCACCCGCCUGCUCGACCUGGAGGGUCGCACGGGGAUGGCCGAGAAGAAGCUGAUCGACUGCGAGAAGACGGCGGCGGAGCUGGGGAACCAGCUGGAGAGCAAGUGUGCGGCGCUGGGCACCCUCAUCCAGGAGUACGGGCUGCUCCAGCGGCGCCUGGAGAACAUGGAGAACCUGCUCAAGAACAGGAACUUCUGGAUCCUGCGGCUGCCCCCGGGCAGGAAGGGGGAAGUCCCCAAGGUGCCGGUGACAUUUGACGACGUGUCCGUCUACUUCAACGACAAGGAAUGGGAGAAGCUGGAGGAGUGGCAGAAGGAGCUGUACAAGAACGUGAUGAAGGGGAACUACGAGUCGCUGAUCUCCCUGGACUAUGCAAUUUCCAAACCUGGGGUUUUGUCUCAGAUCGAGCAAGGAGAGGAAUCGCGGGGCAGGAACGAGCAGGACUUGGAGGAGAGUGAGAUCAUUACUGAUGCCACAGCAGCCGGAAUAAGGGUCGUGAUCAAAACGGAGGAGCUCCUUCCCGAGGACAGCCCCGAGAACCCCGAGCUGCACGGCAUGUCGGGGCAGUCGGAGGGCAGCUUCCAGAGCCCGGACGAGGAGGCGGCUUGUGAGAGCCCCUACGGCUCCGUGUCCCCUCCCAGGGACCUCCCGGGAACCAGCCUGGGGGACUCCUCCGAGUAUGGAGCCGACUUCAACGAGAUCCAGAGGGUCAUCGUGCACCACGGGAGCUGCACAGAGGACGGGAUCAUGAUCAAGACGGAGGAGGAGGAGGAGGACGACCCCGACACGCUGGAGCCGUGCGCCAUGUUCUCGGGCAGGGCCGAGCCGCCGGCGUUCCCCGGCCACGAGGCCGGGCUGGGCUGCGAGGCGCAGUGCAGCUCCAAGGCCCAGCCCAGGGGCCUGGCAGCCCGCGUGAGGAAGCCGUCGGCCUGCGAGAGGGACCCCGGGGAGAUGAAGGCGGCCAGCGCCCAGCAGCGGAACCGGACGCGGGAGAGACCCUACAUCUGCCCCGAGUGCGGCAAGAGCUUCAUGCUCAAGAUCAACUUCAUGAUCCACCAGCGCAACCACCUCAAGGAAGGGCCCUACGAGUGCCACGAGUGCGACCUCAGCUUCCGCAACAAGCAGCAGUUCCUGCUGCACCAGCGCAGCCACACGCGCCGCGGCGUGGGGGUCCCGCGGCGCCCCGAGCACGGCCUCAAGCCCCCGGCGCGGCCCCCGCCCCCGGGGAAGCCCUACAAGUGCUCCGAGUGCGAGAGCAGCUUCAGCCACAAGUCGAGCCUCAGCAAGCACCAGAUCACCCACGUCGGGGAGCGGCCCUUCACCUGCGGCGAGUGCCGGAGGAGCUUCCGCCUGCAGAUCAGCCUCCUCAUGCACCAGAGGAUCCACGCCGGCAAGAACGAGAUGGCCUUCCUGUGCCCCCAGUGCGGGAAGAACUUCACCCGGCCCUCCCACCUGCUGCGGCACCAGCGGACUCACACCGGCGAGCGGCCCUACCAGUGCAGCCAGUGCGAGAAGACCUUCAGCGAGAAGUCCAAGCUGACCAACCAUUACCGCAUCCACACGCGGGAGCGCCCGCACGCCUGCGCCGUCUGCGGGAAGGGCUUCAUCCGCAAGCACCACCUCCUGGAGCACCAGCGCAUCCACACGGGCGAGCGGCCCUACCACUGCACCGAGUGCGGCAAGAACUUCACGCAGAAGCAUCACCUCCUGGAGCACCAGCGGGCGCACACCGGCGAGCGGCCCUACCCCUGCACCGAGUGCACCAAGUGCUUCCGCUACAAGCAGUCCCUCAAGUACCACCUGAGGACGCACAUGGGAGAGUGAGGGGCUGCCCGACGGCUUCCUCCCCCUCCUCUCCCUCCCUCCACCCCUCCUCCUCCUCCUCCUCCUCCUCCUCCUCCUCCACUCAUCUCUCCCGCCCUCCCUCCGUCCGUCUCCCCCCACCCCAGCUCAGGGCAUGGACAUCAAGGAAGCUUUGUGUGGUAGCGCCGCUGGUCUGGUGGAGACUGGGCUGAUUGGAAAUAAAUUAAUGAAUUAAAGCAAGCAACGCGCGGCAAAAUUAAAAGAUUAUAUAUAUAUAAAAUUAACAGAAGCAGCUGAUUUAGGGGGAAUCCUCACCACCAACAAAAGAAACCUGUACAGGGUGUUUUGCCGGAGUAGGACUCGUAACUGCUUUUUAAAUCUACUGUUUGGUUUUUUAAAAUAAAUGUGGAGGAACUUUUUAAUUGAUAAGCAACCUUAGGAUGGGCAAGAUUUUCUGGGUGGUUUUUUUUUUUUUUGUUAAAUGCUCUGUAGGCUGAUUCUGGCACAGUCACUUUUUGUCCAGGAGCUCUGCAGAGGUGCUGCCUCGUCCCAGCUCUCCGGGCUGGACGCGACAGCCGCUCGGCAGCGCGUGGUUACAGAAGCUCCGGCCGGGGGGAGGUGAGUAAUUAACAGACCCAGCUAACGAGGAGGUUCUGCGUGUGUCUAGAUUGGAAGCGCCGGUAGGUGCCUGCCCGGCUCGCGGGGCUGUGAUGCACUCCUGAAUUAUACAAUAGAAUAAAAUUCUAGUUGCAGUAAAA